AUGAAGUUCACAGCUCUCCUCUGCACUCUCAUUGCGGCCACUGCCGUCAGUGCGUCCACAGUUCCUCGAGACGAGUUCCAGAUUCAGGACACCUGCGGAUCUGGCUAUGGCGGUGACCAAAGGCGUACGAACAGACUGGUGUGGUAUGUGAAUCCGUCCCAGUUGGAGGAUGAGACCAGCUUUGCUCACGGUUAUUCGUUUAAAAAGGUUGAGUGCCGGAAUGGUAGAUGGACUGAGAUCCAAGACUGCCAUGCUUCCACCUGCCACGGUACCAAUGAUGGCGCAGCCAGGUGCUAG